AUGGAGUGUGUCAUUUUGCUGUUGUGUACAUUUGGCCAGACAAAUGCGGUUGCUCGUCUUCACCAAAAUUCCACAUUUGAACAGUUGGUUGAUGGUGUUUGCGGCAAGUUUGAUAGGUUGUUACCAGGGCUGGUGUUUUUCUUGUUCAACAUUCCGGGGUGUAACAAGUUUAAGGUUGAUUCUGAUGACGAUGUGAACAAUAUGUUUUCAUUAGCGAAGUCAUUCGGGUUGGAACAUAUUGACGUGCUUGUUCAAACAAGAUGUUACAGGUCAGUCGUUGAUGGCUGCGUCAUAGAUGCUCGUAUUGAUGAGGUUGGCGAUAACAAUGAUAGUAAUAAUUCUGAUAUGGAAGAAUGGACAGAUUUGUUACCUUUGUCUUGUACUUAUAAAUCAUGUCCGCGAGGUGGGCGUUUGGUGUUGCACAUGUUGGACAAUUUUUUGGUGGCGGGGGCUAAUGAAUUUCGGAUGAUAUUAUGCAAAUAUGUGGUCGAAUGCGGGUUUCAAUUUAAGUACAUUAAAAAUGAUUCUAUGCAAAUCAAACCAGUGUGUAAGUUCGCAACGUCAACUACCUGUCCUUGUUUGGUUUACGCCCAGGUGUUCGCAUCCAAUGGGAUUUUGUGUUUGAAGAGGUUUAACAACUUACAUUUGUGUGGUGCUACUGUGAGGACGUACAGGAGCUUCCAGACUGGGUCAGAUUUGGUGUCCGAUGUCAUUGCCGACCAUGUGCACGAACAGCCACUUACCUGGCCAACGAACGUGGUGUUUGAUAUGAAAGACGGGUAUGGAUUGGACAUUAGUUGUCGUGUAGCGUGGUUAGGGGUGGAAAAAGCACAAUCGACAAUUUAUGGUGAUCAUGCAAUGUCAUAUGACCAACUCAGGUGGUGUAAUGACACCGUCAUGGAAAACAACCCACACAAUUUCAUUAAUAUGGAUUUCGAGCAAGAAACAGGGAGGUUCGUACGGUAUUUUAUAGCCUUUCGCGCAUGCAUGGAUGGGUUCAAACAUUGCCGUCCACUUUUAUUCCUCAACGGGACGUAUCUAAAAGGGAGGUUCAAAAGAACUUUGCUUGUAGCCACUGCCAAGGAUGGCAACCAAGGGUUAUUCCCAAUUGCCUUUACUGUUGUUGAUGCUGAGAAUGCAUCUAAUUGGGAGUGGUUUUUUGCGUCAAUUGGCCGAAGUUAUGGAUGGUAG